AUGACGACGAAAAUUAAAUUAAUAACAUUCGACGCGUUCGGAACCCUAUUUCGUCCACGAAAUGGAAAAAUAGGACAUUUAUACGCAAAAGAAGCUGCAAAGUUUGGAAUGAAAUUAGAAGGAUCCUUAAUAGAUAAAAAAUUUAGAGAAUCUUUUCGAAAUGUUUAUAAAAUAUAUCAUAAUUAUGGCUACGAUAGUGGAUUAAGUUCAAAAGAAUGGUGGUCUAAGGUGAUUGAAGCAACAUUUAUCGAAGCUGGAAUUGAUAAAAGAGAUUUAUUACCCAUCUUACCAAUGUUGUCCACAAAUAUAUACAAAAAAUUUACAACCUCAGAAGCCUAUGAAUUAUAUGAUGAAACUGAAUAUGUGUUAAACGAAUUACAUAAUGUCAGAAAAAUUAAAUUGGGGGUCAUAAGCAAUUUAGAUGAAAGAUUAGAGAGAAUACUUUCUUCAUUACAAAUACAUCAGUAUUUUAAUUUCAAUUUAUUGAGUGGUAAAUUUGGUGUUGAAAAACCAGAUGUUAAAAUAUUUAAGAAAGCUUUAGAAUUGGGUGGAAUUAAAGAAGGGAAUGUUAAACAAGUAUUACAUAUUGGUGAUGACGAAGUUAGAGAUUAUCAAGGAGCAAAGAAUAUUGGUAUAAAUGCAUUGUUGAUAAAAAGAACUGAAGAUACAAAUUCAAAAGAAAUAAUUAAAAAUACUCAACCAAAUCAACCAGAAAAACAUCAUUAUGUUAUUCAUAAUUUAAACGAGUUAUUUAAUUAUUUAUAG